AUGCGUCUUGCCAUGCAGACGCCUGGCCGGUGGUGGCCUCCCUUGGUCUGCCUCCUCGGGGCGUGCCUCGCCGCGACGGGCGCGGAAGCGCAGGAGCCCACGGCGACACCGCGGCCACCGCCGCCGCCUAGGAACUUUGGCGUCAUCGUCUCCCGCGCGUACGAGGUGCUCGAUAUCUUUGGGCCCCUCAGCGCCCUGGGGUCGCUGGCGAGGAUGCACCAGAUGAACCUGUACAUGAUCGCCGAGAGCAUGGACCCGGUGACGGUCGAGCCGGUGUCGCCCGCCAUGAACACCAAGAACUCGAGCUUCUUCCCCCUAGUACUACCGACGCACACGUACGCGACGGCGCCCAAGGACCUCGAGGUCCUCAUCGUGCCCGGCGGGCUCUGGACGCGGUCGCCGAACCUCAACUCAACCAUCGCGUACAUCCGGACCGUAUACCCGAGCCUGCGGUACCUCGUCUCGAUCUGCACGGGGGCCGGGGUGGUGGCGCGGGCGGGGGUGCUCGACGGGCGGCGGGCGACGACGAACAAGGCGUCGUGGGCGAGCACCAUCGUCCACGGGCCGCGGACGGAGUGGGUGGCGCGGGCGCGGUGGGUCGUCGACGGCAACGUGUGGACGUCGUCGGGGGUGUCGGCGGGCAUCGACGCGACGCUGGACUUCAUCGAGCAGGUGUACGGCGCGGCGAACGCGACGUACAUCGCCGACGCGAUGGAGUACGACUGGCACCGGGACCCGAGCUGGGACCCGUUCGCGGACAAGUUCAACGUCACGGGCGCUUGA